AUGGCGCCUGUUAAUAAAACAAACCCUUCAGAGACACACCCCCUCUUUAUGAGGGGCGUGGGGGGCCAGCAGCAGAGGUAUGGGAGAAAAGAGAUCCAGGGUGAGAAUGGGUUCACAAAAACAGAUCUGCUGCGGCUGCGCGAGGAGCUAAGGCCCCAAACUGGACCGGGUGGACACGGGACUGCACGUUGUCUCAUGCACGCAGAAACUCACCUGGAUCUCAGAAUGAACUCCAUUAGUUUGUGUGGGACGUUUGGUGGUGGAGUUUAUUCCCUCCACGGAGUGAACCCACUGCUGUUCGACCUGCGCCACCAGGUGGCGGAAGAGCACCACUCCUACUCUGCUCCUCUUGCGACCCACUCCUUCUCUGUGGCAGAGAGGCUUGCAGAGUUGAUCCUUGAGGCCCGUUAUGGUAACCAGCAGAAGCAGCGACGCAGCCGUACAGCCUUCACGGUGUCCCAGCUGCAGGCUCUAGAAAAGGCCUUCCAGCAAACACAGUACCCAGACGUUAGCAUGAGGGAGAGGCUGGCCGUGUGCAUCAACUUACCAGAGGCUCGCAUUCAGGUAUGGUUCAAGAACCGGAGGGCCAAGUUUCGUAAAGGUCAGAGAGGAUCCCCGCUCUCAAGAGACAUGAGUAGGGAGAAAGCUUCACCUGACUGUAAGGUGGGACAGGAGGAAGUCAGGACAGAAGACAAACAGGACAUCAUCACCCCUCUUCUUUUCUGUCCUCCUCCAGCAGCUUGUGAUGAUAAAGCCAAGGACUCAGACUCUGACACUCUGACACCAUGCACCCUCAGCGUCCACUCUCCUCCAAUUCCUCCCUUCAUGGCAGUGGAGACCUACCGACUACCUCAUCAGACGGUUCUGUCUACUGAGCUCGCCCUCCCCCCGCUGUUCUGGCCCAUCAUGCAACAGCACGGUUCCAUCUGGAGAGAUCCUUCAUCCAAAAACUGCAGCCACUCCUUUCAGACCACAUCCUCCAGUAAAGUGGUGUGUCACCCUCACUUAGGGCUGUAGCCAGAAUCAAAUUUCGCCUUCAGAAAUCUGCUCCAUGUGGAAUAUGCAGCACUAGCAGUCCACAGAAUGUACAUUUUAGUUUAUCUGAAGGAAUUUUAAACAGAAUAUUUGCUUCAGAUAAAUAAAACAGUUUUUCUGCCUUCACUAAUGUUUUUUCCUCCCUGUCUUGUAUGUGUUUUUUAAUCAUUCAACAGGUAGCAACAUUUACACAUUUAGAUUUUUUUCCUGCAUUGUUUAGCCGGUGUCGGUACAGGAUCGGCUCGGGUGCAGGAUCGGCUCGGGGUCCUUCGACUGCCGAUGACGUCACAUUACUGCAAAUCUACUCGGCUUUCACACACACGUUUUGGAAAGACAUCAGCAGUUUUGUUAAUAAAUUCUUGUUUGUUAACAAAAAUGUUUUCUUUAUAAUUGUAAUUUGUUAAUAAAACACCACAUUAUCUUUGUUUUGUAAAGAAUGUGAAACUGCAUAAAACCAACAUCGGACUGACAAAAUAUAGAACAGUUCUUAUAUGUGAAGCCAUAUCUGUUUGUAUUAAUGUGGAGCUCGUCUGUAUAUUUCCUUAGUUGUUAUCUAAAUACAUUCUUUGACUCAAAAUAUUCCUUGGUGUCUUUCAAUAAAGUUCUUAGAUUUCA